AUGUCGGCAUGUGAAGAAGACAGCGCUGUUCCGGCUCACCGGGCCCCUCAGCCCCUCUCACUGGCCCCCGAUCUGGCACAGGCUCACCCACUGCUGGACAUCUCCCUGACACCAGACAAAGGAGGCGGGAUAUUGCGCAGAGAGCCCUCCGGGAGGAAGAAGGGACCGCGGCAGGUUCGCUUCGACGUAGAUGAAGAGGCAUCAGAGGAGGCCGCUUUCCCAGGUUCCCUUGCGGCUCCCCAGAAUACACAGCAGCGAGGUGUUGAAGCAGGAAGUGCGGGUCCAGGCACGGAGGGAGUUUGAUACUGAGAGUGCAGUGCUGAGCGAGCUGGGGCGAUCCUAUCGAGUGAAGCGCAGUGUGUGGAGAGCGAGGCCUCCAGAGCCCUGAACAUGUGUCGGGAGCAGAACCUGUACCGGGGUCUGGUGAGUGUGGAGCCGCCGAGUGAACAUCUCCAAAGACUGACUGCCCGGCAGAGGAAGGCCGAGCACAGAGAGUUGCAGGUCCCUGCAGUGGAUGGCCCAGACAUCUUUGCCUUUUCUGAUGCCGCCGAGCGAUUUACGGAGACUCCACACCUGAGUGUAGAAGGACUGCCACCCUUAACCUUGAAGUCCCGCACCCGACCUCCACAUACUGUGUUCACCAUGUUCCAUAAGCUGGGGGAAUGGGCGUCCUAG